AUGUAUCUCCAUCAGUAUGAUUACAUCUUUGCCAUCGGCACGUUGUUCGCUAUGCUUGAUGCAUACAACAAUGGUGCAAACGAUGUUGCCAAUUCUUGGGCUACUAGUGUUUCCUCCCGGUCCAUCUCAUACCGCCAGGCCAUGGUUCUCGGUACCAUCUUCGAGUUUCUAGGAGCCGUCACUGUCGGUGCCCGUACCGCCGAAACCAUCAAGAACGGCAUUAUCCCCAGCACUGCCUUCCAGGGCAACGCCGGUGUCCAGAUGCUCGCUUUCACUUGUGCUCUUGCCGCUGCCUCCUCCUGGGUCAUGUGGUGCACCCGUCACUCUGCUCACGUCUCCUCCACCUACUCCCUCAUUUCUGCCGUCGCUGGUGUCGGUGUUGCUACCGUCGGUGCCUCCAAGGUUCAGUGGGGCUGGAACAAUGGCAAGGGUCUUGGAGCUAUCUUCGCCGGCCUGGGCAUGGCCCCCAUCAUCUCCGGCGGCUUUGCUGCUUCGAUCUUUAUGCUCAUCAAGGUUAUCGUCCACAUGCGCAAGAACCCCAUUCCUUGGGCCGUCUGGAGUGCCCCUUUCUUCUUCUUGGUCGCUGCCACUAUUUGCACGCUCUCCAUUGUUUACAAGGGUUCUCCUAACCUGGGCUUGAGCAAGAAGCCUAGCUGGUACAUUGUUGCCGUCACUAUGGGCACUGGUGGUGGUGUCUGCCUUCUCUCUGCGAUCUUCUUUGUUCCUUGGCUCCAUGCCCGCGUCAUCAAGAAGGAUUCCUCUGUCAAGUGGUACCACGUCAUCCAGGGUCCUCUCCUCUUCGGUCGCGCUGUCCCCACUGAAGCCGAAGUCGCCAAGGUUCCCAACUACGCUGUCAUGCAAGACGAACCCGAGGAUGAGAUCCACAACCACAGCCACAUUGAUGAAAAGGAAAUCAAAACUGGUGUCGCUUCCAUCCCGGCCUCUAACGACGAGCGAUCCCUCGAGAAGCUCGAGGGCAACCAGCUUUCCUACCGCGAGAUCAUUGCCCAGUCCGAAGCCCGCCACAACGCCAAGCUCCUCAACAGCCGUGGCCCUCUCGGCUGGGGUAUGCGCCUUCUCCGUGACAACCCCAUGGGUGCUGGUGAGAUCUACGAGCUUCGCAACAUCAUGCUCAUGCUCAAGCGUAUUCCUGCCAUUGUCACUGUCGGACUUCUGUACGGAUUCCACUACGAUAUCCACACUGCUCAGAGCGGUAUCCAGGGUACCCCCGAGGGUGAGCGCAUGAAGCGUGUCUACGCCGCUGCUAAGAAGUACCCCAACGAAGUCGAGCACACCUUCUCUUUCAUCCAGAUCAUCACUGCCUGCACUGCUUCUUUCGCCCACGGUGCCAACGAUAUUGGUAACUCCGUCGGCCCCUGGGCUGCCAUCUACUCCGCCUGGUCCACUGGCAGUCCCGCUGCCUCCAAGGCUCCCGUGCCUGUGUGGCAACUCGCCGUCCUGGCUCUUUGCAUUUCCAUCGGUCUCUGCACUUACGGAUACAACAUCAUGAAGGUCAUGGGUAACAAGAUCACCUACCACUCGCCUUCGCGUGGCUCCUCUAUGGAGAUGGGCGCGGCUAUCACUGUCCUCGUCUUCUCACAAUACUCUCUGCCCGUCUCAACCUCGAUGUGCAUCACCGGUGCCACCGUCGGUGUCGGACUAUGCAACGGAACCCUCAAGGCUGUGAACUUCCAGCGUGUGGGUCUUCUGUUGCUUGCUUGGAUUAUGACCAUUCCCAUUGCCGGCACCAUUGCUGGAUGUCUGAUGGGUUUGGUUCUUAACGCUCCUCAUUUCGCCUCUUAG